AUGGCAACCUCCGUCGCGCAAAAGCGCCUCUUCCACGAAUACAAGCUGCUUUGCACAAAUCCCCCGGACGGCAUCACUGCCGGUCCUAUCAGCGAAGAUGACUUGUUCCUGUGGGAAGCGUUAAUCCAGGGCCCCGAGGGCACACCCUUUGAGAACGGUGUCUUUGCUGCUGAACUCAAGUUUCCCAGAGAUUAUCCACUUAGCCCACCCAUGAUGAGGUUUCUGGGCGGGGGUGUCUGGCAUCCGAACGUAUACCCCAACGGCACCGUUUGCAUCUCCAUCCUCCACCCCCCCGGUGACGACCCAAACCACUACGAGCACGCCUCGGAGCGCUGGAGCCCCAUCCAGUCUGUCGAAAAGAUUCUCAUUUCGGUUAUGAGUAUGCUUGCGGAGCCGAAUGAUGAGAGCCCGGCGAAUCUGGAGGCGGCUAAGAUGUGGAGGGAUCAGAGGGAAGAGUAUGAGAGAAGGGUUCGGGGGGAGGUGAGGAGGAGCUUGGGUCUUUGA